AUGUUUCUAAGUUUGUUAUCGUUCGUGCUUAACCAGUGCUUUGCCUUCGCGGCCGGAUUCCCCCGCGAGAAAGCUGUCUAUAUCAAUCUUGUUGUGCUGUCCAUUGAAGUAUUCAUACUUCUUGGAUUCUGCAUGAGUAUUGUCCGUUUCUUCAAUGAUUUUAUGGCUCUGGACAACUGUCCGUCGCUGGCCAUAUCUGAAGAGGACAAACAUUUGGAUAAUGAUAUGGACGACGAUAUGAAUGACGAUGUGCAAGACGAUAUGAAUGACGAUAUGCAAGUCGAUGUGAAUGACGAUGAGCAAGACUGUGAAGAAGACGAAAUUUCCGCUUCUGAAGAUGUCUCUAGUUCAGCUUGUGUAGAGACACCGCAUUUACCCAGCCAAAAGACCCAGGAAGCAAUCAAGAUAAAUGAAAUAAUCUCGACGCUUGAGAAAGACCUCGAAGAGAAGGUUCGAAUAGUAGACGAACUAAGGAAAAAGGUAGAGGGCCUGACUGAAGAAGGAACGAAGCUGGAACAAAAUAUUACAGACCUGGAACGACUCAGUCAUGAGAAGGAUAGGCAACUUCUCUCAAUGCCAGCCGAAAUGGAAGAGCUCAGAAGAGAGAUAGCUCUCAAGGCGCAGGAGACAGAAAAGUUUAGAAGAGAGAAUGAGGACAAAAACUCCUCCAUCAUCAUUUUGGAAAACACGGUCGCAGUUCUCAACAUGGAAAAGGAAACAUUGCGGCAAGAUUUGCAGCAGAAGGAAAACAGUCUAUCAGAAUUGAAAAAUGAACUAGACAAGAAAAAUGAGGACAUGAAAAAACUGCGAGAAGAGAACAGGAGGAAGCAGAAUAGCAUUGAAAGUCUGCAGAAGGAAACCGAGGACCAGAACCUCCGGAUGAACUGUUUGGAAGAUCAAUUGCAAGUCCUCACCGUUGAGAAAAAGUUGGCCCAAGAAAAUUUGAAGCAGCUCGAAUUAUGCAGGAAAGAAUUAGCCGACAAAAAGAGGGAGUUGGAAGAUGUUAAAGCACACAACCUCCAGAGGGACAGAGAGAUCCUGCACCUGGAGAAUGAGCUCUCUCAGAAGCAAAGGGAGGUCCUCAGUUCGAUGAAAGGAACCAAAAGUAUUAUAGCACAAAGGGCCAAUGGAAAAAUCAAUGAAAUGACGAGGAGGACAGUCCAGCUGGAAUUCGAGCAUGCCGAGAUGAAGGAGGAACUAGAGACGAUGGAGUUUGAAAAGAUGGAGGCCAUCUUGGAACUUGAAAAACUCCAAGAAGAGGCCUUGGCCCAGGAUAUGAAAAUCAUAUCCUUGGAUAUGAAAGGGCUUGAUAUGAUUAGCAAGGCAAACGACACCUUCUAUAAAGAGAAGACUGUGACCAAAAUGGCGCCGAAAAAACAGCCUGGAUCAGAGAUGAAAGUUGGAAAGGAAAGUUCCCAGGAUAAACCUCGAUGUCUGAGGAAGCCCAAGGUCAACUGCAAAGCCCUCUACAGACAAAUGGACGACAUCGAGGAAGGGAUUCACCAGAUCAGAUCGUCACAACGACUUUCAACUGCCAACAGGAGACUCUCAAAAGCCCUGGCUAAACUUCCUUCAGUUACAAAACCUCUAAAUAGAGACCAAAUACAUCAGAGGCUGAGGAUGGAAUCUGCAGCUAACCUUCGAAGACUGGAGCGAGAUGCUGCAAUGGUAAGAAAUCUCUACAAAGGCAACUACGUCACUUAA